AUGGCACCUGUAGUGAGACAAGCAACGUAUUUAUCACACACUCCUCAAGAUGCACACAACCCAGGAGGAGUGCAAACUCUGAGCUGCUCAUGUCAUCCAGCUGCAUCACCUGUCUUUGUGCCUGCUGAGGACCGCCUUUCUUCCAGAAACACCAUGGGCAGCACCCCUAAACGAUGGGUCAUGAAGCCCCUGAUGCCUAAGCUGGAGAAGUCAGACCUGCGGGCCAUGUUGAGCCCCAGCAGCGAGCCACAUUCGCCAGACAGCAGCUGGAAUCUCAGACAGGAGGGAGGUUCACCCAUAUUCAACUUUGAUAACAUCUCGGUGACUCGCGUCCACUCCUCUGUGACUGUGUCAGCCCCGAAUGGAGAUCGUGCUCAGGAUGUGGUGCUUCAUGCCAGGCAGGUGGCGGUAUCUGAGGAAGGCAGCGCCACUGAAGACUGGCAGCCAAGUGACCCCAGCAGCCCUGGCACUCCCAGUAGCACAGACUCGCAUGUGGGUUUCUACUCCUUUGUGGAUGACCCAACAAGCCCAGAGGCAGAGAGGAAUGAGGCUUAUAUGGUUUCACCUGAGAGACAAGCCAAACUGUCCACCCUGAAAGAGAAGAGUAGUUUCAAGCUGCAGACUUACGUAGAGGACCGAAGACCCGAGAAGCUUUUUGAAGAGAGUAAUGGAGAUUCUUGCUACCAGGUGGAGGAUAUCUCAGCAGAGGACAACGAAGAGGAGAACAUGGACAGGAUUGAGAUCAUCCGGAAUCAGGCGCCUAGAAAAAACCCUGUCCUCAAAGAGCAGUGGAGUGCUUUGGAGAACCUGGAUCUUACCAACUCUCCUCAGCGUCUAUUUGAGGGAUUUAGCCUGUGCUACAGUCCUGCAAGCCCAACAAGAUCCCAGACUGAAGUAGAGCCUGGCACCAUUGAUAACCAGCAAAUUGAUUUUAAUGCCGCACGCAAGCAAUUCCAAAUUAUGGAGCAAUCAAAGGAAAACCCCUUCCGGUAUAGUCCUCAACAGAUGCCACACUUUUCUAAGUUACGUGCACGAUCUUUGCCAGCAGAGACUGGCCUAUUUAAAAAAGAAGAUAGCACAAAUAAGAAUUUUAAGGAUGAGUCAAGCCAGAAUCAAAGUCCUUGGAAGAAACAAGUGGAGGAAGCAAAGUUGACGGUGAUUGUCCAUGAGGAUCCAGAAGACAGGAUUCAAAGUAACUUGAUCGAUGACCUAGACUCAGGUGACCAGAGGAAAGUCUUCACAUAUGAUAGAAGUUUGUCUGGUGAAGCCUUCAUGCCAGAGAUGAGGAGUAGCUCACCAGUGGCCAGCAUGAGUGAAACACCUGAAACACCGAUUGAGAGAGAGAUCCGAAUAGCGAGGGAACGAGAGGAGGACUUGCGGCGAUCAAGGGGAAUCUUUCGUUCUGAUACAUCAGAGAUGGUUGAGAUUAAGACCAAACCAAUUCUGUCACAGCCAUUGCCAGAGUUAAAGCCUAUCAAAACCAAAGAAACAAAUAGGGUGAGUUUUCUUAUUCAACAAGAGAUGGACAAGAUGAAUCGGAGCCAAAGACUAUCUGACAGAGGGACUUCAAUUGAUCUAAUUGAGAGGAGGAACACAUUUGGGUCUCAAUUAGAUGAGGUACCUAAAAGAUCUGUUAGUGUGGAAGACUCAUGGAUUGUGGAGCGUCCUAUACUUGUAGAACAGAGGGAUGUACCUGACUCGCAAGAGAUCCUCUCACCUUGCUGCCCCCACCGACACCAAGAUGAGACAAUGAUUCAGAAGGGCCCCACUGUAGAAUUUGUAGACAGAACUGUCAGAACAAGCUUUUACUCUAAGGAGGGGGCAACUGAGCAACAAGACAGUGUUACCAAAGUUGCAAAUCAGCCAUCUUGGAUGGCAGCAUAUAAAGCAAAAGAGUCCGGGAGAACAAUUUCCCCUCUAAAUUCUCCGUCCUCUCCAGCAGAACCUGUAAGAAGCAGCAGAUCCACAGCAGCCAGGAGAUCUAAUUGGGAGAGCUCAGUUGAGUGGCCCCGAUUGCUAAGUGCCUCUGAUAUAAUCCGUAAGGAAAUCGAGGAGGACCUCAGGCGAGAGCAGGAGCUUCAAGAGCUACGAGAAGCCAGUAGCCUGUCCCUCAUGACAGACAAAGGCAAGGGCACCUCAGAGCCCACAACUUCGGAACCCAUCGCCAAUAAUAAUGACCAGACUUCAUUAAACAGUUCUCAGGAGAACCUGUUGGAGGCUGUACUACCAGAAAAAUAUAGACAGAGGCCCAGUCACAGUUUCUCCUAUUCCUGGAGUGAGGAAACUACCCCUACUCGCAUUUCAUUGGCAGGCCCCAGUUCCAGACUUCCUUCCGUGUCCAUUAUGGCAGCCCAACCUUGGAGCAGCCCAAAACUCGCAUCCCCAGCAAUUCCAAGGGCGAUUCCCACUGUCCUCGCUAGCCCACGCCCUGAGGCGUCCUCCACCCCCUCAAGCACCUCCCACAAAGGCCUGACAGAGACACUGCUGGAGGACUUUGAGGAAAGAAGGAUCCGACAGAAGCUUGAGGAGAGCUCUUAUGCUGGGAUACAGCCUGUUGAUGACAUCAACAAUGAGGUUGUGGAAGCGACUCGUGUAACACGCCACAAAAGCACAAGGGCUCUGCGCUGGGAGGCGGGCGAGUAUGCCAAUGAAGGGAACAACUGAGUCUGUGCAUGCUGUGAGAGUGGAAAUACUCAGUGCUAAUGCUAAUGCCAACACAUCAACUGUCUCCCGACUUGAUUAACUGGACAGGCUGGAUUUCAAUGCCACAGAGACACCACCCUAUGGUGGCACUCAAUCAGAGAGGUGAAAUGGACUCUGAAGGCCAUCAGAGGAUACAGACUGUGGGACUGUGCGUCGCAAUAAAUGAAUGAUAGCCAGCGUUUUUAUUAUUUGAGUGUUGGACAAAGGUGUGGGGAGUAUUUUCACUGCUUAUAGCACAGUGUAUUCCUUUGGCAAGCUUUGGCUUCUAGAAGUUUUGGCGCUCUCUCAAAGACACAACUGCUCAUUUGCUGUGUCUCUGUCCAAGAGGUAUAAAAUACUCCAGUUUGAAGAGGUUGUGUUAACAAAGCUCGGCAAAUCCUUGCCAAGUGUCAUCAAAAAGAAGCCUACAAUACUGCCCAUAAUACUUCAAUCAUAAUAGAAUUUGCCCAGUAACAAUGUUUCCUACAGAUGCCUCGUUAAAGUCUGUUCCGGGCAGAGUGGAGUUUCUCAAAACAGCACGUCUUUUAUUUUGAAGUAAUGUUGAACUCAUUUUUAUAAGAGGUACAAGUUAACAGUAAAUCACUUUUUAUUCUUGUAAAUUUGCUUGGUGAUUCAAAGCAAUGUGUUUCUAACAUGCAACAGCAAUCCCAGCAUGCACUUAAAAAACAGCAUUGAGUAAGCACUGAUUGUAAUGAACUGAUUAACGUCACCUUUAGCUAUUAUUCUAAAAAAUGCAUACAGUUCAAAUGAAGAAGACUUUUAGUAUAAUCUUAAAAGGUGGGCAUGAAUCUAUCAAAGGAUGUAGGAACCGCAAACAAUUGCUCCAAUAACGUGCCGUCCAACAGCACCUUGGUAGGUUAUGGAAAGAAGCCUAUUUAGGCCCCCUUCUUUCACUUGUUGAAGAAAAGAGGUUGUCAUUGAAUUCAGCUGGGAUUGUACAAAGUCAGAACAAGCACCUGUAUCCCUUCAGCCAGUGCUGUACUGGUAAUUUAGAAUCUGCAGUUAUGGUGAGGGGCACAUGCACUUACCUGAAUGACCACUAGCAGGAGCCAACGAGUCCUUUUUUUUGAAUGUGGUGGGGCUCACUCCUCUUUCACUGAUAUUAAUUCAGUGCAAAGCAAUGGUGGAACAGUUUGCACAGCACAGAACAAUGUAACAAGCAGUCAAGAAAGUGUAUAUUAUAAAAAUGUUAUUAAAGUUAAACAGUUUGCUACAGGCUAUAUUUGUACUCUUAGACAAAAAAUGAGAAAUAAACUGCAUAAUCUGCAUCAAAACUUACUUGUACCCUAAUGUGACAUUUCUAUUUUUGAUUAAAGGUUGAUCAGUUGGAAUGGAACAAAAUAAAGUUUCUAACCCAC